AUGAUGAAGUCAUCAUUGGCACUACAGAAGAGCGUCAAAGUUUAUCCAUCCUCUGUCACGCAGAAAGAUCAAGACUGUGCGAGAGCUAGGAUCAACAGGCUUUCAGAGAAACGCGAGGCUCUCGCCAAACUCUUUCGUGCCAUAGCGCUUGCUGUCCUCGUUGUCAGCACUUGCGACCUCUCCUUGGCAAACAUUGCCACUCCUAUCAAUGUUCUACCUGCCCUUUCUAGCGAGACAGGAUCAUUGCUUACAAGACAACUAUGGCUCAAGUUCAAGUCAAACUUUUUGCUGUACUGCUCGAUCCCAAUCAUCGCAGGUCUUCUCAACUGGGCGACAAACAGCCUAGCAGUGAAGAUGAUUUUCUAUCCUCUAACGUUCAUCGGCAUUCCGAUCAAGGUGUUCAAGGAGCAGCCGUUGGGGCUGAUAGGAUGGACUGGGAUAGUUCCCGCAAAGGCUCGCACGAUGGCGCAGAGGAUGAUGAAGAUGGUGACGUCGCAGCUCAUCAACGUCAAAGAUGUCGCAUGCAGAGUCGAGUCGAAGAAGGUGGUUGAGAUUCUGAGCCCGGUAGUACCGUCAGCGCUCAACAAGAUCUCAAAGGAUCUCAAAGUUGGAUGGACUACUCUUACAAGCACUCAGAUGAAUAUCCCUGCUGUCUUCGGUCCAGCAGUCUCCACCGCUGACAGAUUCAUCGAAACUUUCACCGUCAAGAUGCAGAACAACAUCACUGACAUCCUUGACCUGGAGGAGAUGGUGGUGCGGGCGAUGGUACAGAACAAGAAGUUGCUUGUGGAGCUGUUCCAAGAAUGCGGAAGGAAAGAGCUGAGCUUCAUCGUCAGAACAGGGAGGUUGAGGGAAACAGAGGAGGAGGAGAAGGAGAAGGAGAAGGAGAAGGAGAAGCAACAGCUUGUACUUUGGGUUCCUUCUCGGGAUCUUUCAAAUGGGAGGCACGUGAACUUUGUCAUGACGACGACGAUGAUGACAAUGAUGAUGAUGAUGAUAAUGAUGAUGGUGGUGGUGGUGGUGGUGGUGGUGGUGAUGAUGAUGAUGAUGAUGAUGAUGAUGAUGAUGAUGAUGGACAUGGUGAUGCUGACGCUGAGCAUCUUUGAGCCUGUGGAGCCAAUAAUGAUUGGUCCUUGGAAGAUUCAAGGAUUGUUUCUAACACGUCAGAAUGAGACGAUGAUGCCGGUAGUGGUGGUGGUGGUGGUGGUGAUGAUGAUGAUGAUGAUGAUGAUGAUGAUGAUGAUGAUCAUGAUAGCGAUCGUGGUCUCAAAACUGUUCGCGGCAUUCUUAAGGAGUCGCGUGUUAACUGCUGAUGCGAUAUGGAACGAGAUCUUGUUUGGCAGCAGGAGCUUGAGACGGUAUGACUUUCAGACAACAAACGUGACCCAGCUGUUCUUGCUAGUGGAGAUGUCAAUGGUGGUGCUGAUGAUGCUGAUGUUGAUGCUGAGGAUUGUGGUGGUGAUGAUGAAGAUUGUGACGAUAAUGGCGAUGAUGAUGGCAAUGGUGAUGGAGAUGAUGAUCAUGGAGAUGGAAAUGACGGAGAAGAUGAAGAAGAUGUCAUCAAAACAGUUCGAACAUGUUUUACACCCAAUCUUUCAGGAGGAUGAGCUCACUCUCAUCCUAGUGGGUGCUGUUCUCGGGUUUGCCGUUGGCUUCCUGCAAUCCCUCGCCCCGUACUGA